GUAUCUCCUGUUCCGACUUCCUGUCUGGUCCGGAAGGCAGAACGCGGAAUCACACGCCUAUCACUUAGGACAGUCCUGCAAACUCUCUACACGUCAACAAAACUUUCUAGAGGUCUUUUCAAGAUGGAAAAGAAAACUUUUGACACCAAGAGGGAUUUCGCAGAGAUUCUUGCAGAGAUUCAGCGGGGGUCAGAUGUUGAAUUUGAAGACUCAUCUGACUCUGAAAGUGGUAAUGAUGCCGGCUCUGAGGAGGAGGCAUUGUUUAUGAGCGACCUGGACCCAGUCUAUGAGUGAGUAUUUGCAUAUAUUUAUAAGGCUCAGUGUUGUGUAAAUUGAUAUGCACAGUAAACCUUUGUAAAAAACAAAAACAGUGGUAAUUAUGGCACUCAAUAGUAUUGAAUAUUACUGCAGUUUCACAGUAUUAAUUUAUUUCGGGCUAACUUUGCUCGCAGAUACUGCAUUUUAUCUGCCUUCAAAAAUAUAUUUGAUGAAAGAAAAGACAUAUGAAGUAAAUAUAAAUGCAAACAAAAUGUAGUACAGGUGACAGCUUCUUAAUUUAUUGAAUGUUUAUGUAUGUCCAGAGCUGUACAAAUGUUGUUUACCUUUGUUCUACAUAGUAAUUUAUCACCAUUUUCACAGCCACCAAGAGGAGGAGAGUCAAGAACAAGCCGGCCCAUCAGGGGUUUUCACACCUCCAACAAUACCUGCAGCAGUCACCCCUCCCCCACCCUUGCCUGCAAGAGUGUCACCACUUGAAACAAGGUUUGUGUCCUGUGUCCUGAACAUUUGUGUAGUUUGGGUCUCUAAAAGAAAUAAUACACUCUUUACUGCUUCAAUUAUGUAUUUAUAUGUCUUAUUCUUUGUAGAAAUUGAUGUGAAUUAUCAGUCUUCUAAAUAUGUUUCUUUCAACAUCUUGUACUCCUUUUUUCAUGCAACAGUGAGGAGGAAGAAGAAGGUAAAGAGUUCGUGCCACCACAGCACAGAUCCUCUUCAUCGUCCGGUUCUUGGCCUUCUUCCCCUGAACCCAUGAGAGCUCGUGGUCGUGGUCGUGGUCGUGGCCGUGGCCGUGGCCGUGGAGGGCAAGCCAGCAAGCGGCCAAGACCGGCUCCUAUACACCCGGAGGCUCAGCUUGAGAGAUGGCACACUAAAGAAGAGCCAGAUGUUGAGCCUCCAACACCACGGUUUGAGCCAAAGAAUCCACCAGGACCCAGGAUCGACACCACGGUACAGUGGUCCCCGCUCAGCCUCUUCAGGUUGUUCUUCAGCAGCAGCACCAUAAACACUAUUAUCAAUAAUACAAAUGCCAAUGCUGCACGACGGUUGGCACAAGGUGCAAAAUACAAGUGGUCUCCCCUCUCAGGUGACUCUUUCUAUCUCUUCCUGUCAAUAGUCUUGUUCUUCGGCUUGGUGAGUGUGGACUCUAGGAAUGACUAUUGGGGGAGGGACUGGCCGUACCAAUUUGUCUUUCCUAAGUGUAGCAUGACAAGGGACAAAUUUGAGGCCAUCUUUUGGUCUCUUCAUCUCUCUGAUGUUGCAGAAGAUGAAGAGAAUGAAAGAAAAAGGGGAACACCUCAAUUUGACAGGCUAUUCAAAAUCAAGCCACUCUAUGGUGAGAUUGUGAAUGCCUGUAACUCCCUUUUUCAGCCAAACCAGAGCAUCACUAUUGACGAGCGAAUGGUGGCCAGCAAAGCACGCAUUGGAUUUAGGCAGUACAUGAGAGAUAAGCCAACAAAAUUUGGCUAUAAAUUAUUCGUAUUGGCAGAUUCUAAAACAGGCUUCACUUCAAAUUUCUUUGUUUAUCAAGGUAAAGGUGAUACCAAGGUCAAACAGAGGGGACAGACGGAGGAUGGCCUUAGUGUCACAUCCGUCAUGAACCUAAUGAAGUUUGAUCUCCUUGGGAAAGGCUAUCAUCUUUACGUUGAUAACUUUUACACCAGUCCACGGCUUUUCUCGAAAUUACUCCAAAAUCACACUGUAGCUUGUGGCACCAUUCGGUCAAAUAGGGAGGGAUUUCCUAGGACAACCGUGAACGACCUCCCAAAGAAACCUGAGAGGGGAGACAUGAGAUGGAUAAGAAAGGGCAACCUACUCUUUGCACGGUGGAUGGACACAAAAAUUGUGAACAUCUGCAGCACCUUCCACAAGGCAUACAGCGGGGCCACUGUACAGAGGACGGUAAAGGGACCAGAUGGACGCUGGCACAGGGGUCCUGUUGAUGUGCCAGAUGCAUGCAGGGACUACAACAUAAACAUGGGUGGUGUGGACCUCUCGGAUGCUCUGAUUCAAUAUGACACCGUCCACAGCAAGACAAUGCGGUGGUACAAAACAUUUUUCUACCAUUUCGUUGAUAUUGCUGUGGUGAACAGCUUCAUUCUCCACAAAGCAGUGGCCACCUGCCAAAACCAGACCCCUAUGUCCCUCAAAAGAUUCCGGGAGGUUUUGAUGAAGGAAAUGGUGGAGCAGGCUCAACCUGUUACUGCUGCAGCCAGCCCUGGCCCGAGCGGUACCAACACCUGCAUGCCUGUGUUUAGGGGGGGUGAUGGCACUCAGCAGCGCAGGAAAUGUGUGGUCUGUGCGGCCAAGGCAAAGGAAAAGGCCAAGCAGGUGCAGGGCUACAAGGCAAAGGACAUGAAGACACCAGUUUUCUGUUCAAGGUGCAAUGUGUCACUUUGCCUUGUGCCCGGAAGAAACUGCUUUGUGGAGUAUCACAAAAAGUAAUAACUUCUUUGGGUAUUCAAGAACCAUAUUCAUCCGUUGUAAAUAGUUGGAUUUUUUGGACAUUUUUACUUACUGUAAUAUUGUUUGUUGUGUUUUGCUGUGUUUUUUGUUUACCUGCACAUUCCAUUCCUUUACAUUGAUCACUUUAUAUUUUGUUUAUUGAUUUAUUGUUUGUUACAUUUUGUUUACAAAAAGAACUGUAGCUGGAAAGCCAUUCCAUCCCCUUAUUGCUCAUUGUAAUAAGAGUUAGUAGGAGACUAGUCUAAUGGAAAUUAAUUGUAAUUUGGAGCCAGUUUUCAUCAGAGGUAGAAAAUAAACUGGCACAAAGUGUGCCAAAUUGUGCCAAACUGA